GGUCGUUCCUCUUUUUCACGUUGAAGUGAGAGAUAGAGAGAGCGAUAAAAGCUCAAAGUAGGAAGAGAUCUUCACGCAAAAAUGACUCUUCCCCGCUUUUGAUUUCUUCUUCUCUAGAUCUACCAUUUUAUUUGAAAAAAAUAAAUUUAUUGAUUGUAUUCGUGAUUGAAAAGAAAAAUGCUUGAUUCCCUUUCAAGUAAUUCGAUCGUAGCCGUCUGAUUCUUGCCCAGAAUCAAAGCUUUUUAUCCGAGAAAGGGGUGGAUAUUGACGAAAAUUUCAAAUUUGUUGAAGAAAUUGUAAAAGAAAACUAGAACUUUUGUUUUUAAUUGUAGUAUCUGAGGUUGGAGAUGGGGUCUGGCAAAGGCGCGACUUCUUCUUCUCAACAGAUGGAUACUUCUAUCGAAGAUUUGCGUGAGAGACAUCAGCAAGAAUUAGAACAUUUAACAUUGACAACACAGCCCUUCAAAACAUUAAGGCUUUUUAUUCUGGCUAUCUUUCAAUAUUUUAAGCGAUCAGUAUUAUAUCUUUUGGCAAAGGGUGGUUGGCUUAUGCUUUUAAGCACUCUAAUAGCAGCUUUUGGAAUUUUGCUUGUGACAAUUGAGGGCCCUCAUGAAAAGCAUGUUGAGGAAGUUUCUCGGUAUGUGCGGUUUGGAUUAUGGUGGACUGCCCUUGGUGUUGCAUCUUCAAUUGGUCUUGGAUCUGGUCUGCACACUUUUGUCUUAUAUUUGGGUCCUCAUAUUGCUUUGUUUACAAUAAAAGCAAUGCAAUGUGGACGAGUAGAUCUGAAAAGUGCUCCAUAUGAUACAAUACAGUUGAAGAGAGGUCCUUCAUGGCUGGACAAAUCCUGCGGAGAGUUUGGGCCCCCUUUGUAUGGGUCACGGGUUCCUCUUAGCAGCAUAUUGCGGCAGGUGCAGAUGGAGGCUAUCUUAUGGGGUAUCGGGACUGCACUUGGGGAGCUUCCUCCUUACUUUAUCUCAAGGGCAGCUCGUGUGUCAGGCAGCAAAAUUGAUGCUAUGGAAGAAUUGGAUGCUUCUUCAAUUGAGGAUAAUGGAUUCAUAGCUACUCACUUGAAACAGAUCAAACGCUGGCUAUUAUCCCACUCCCAACACUUGAACUUCUUCACGAUUUUAGUGCUUGCCUCGGUCCCAAAUCCUUUAUUUGACCUGGCUGGCAUCAUGUGUGGACAAUUUGGAAUUCCAUUCUGGAAGUUCUUUCUCGCAACAUUGUUUGGAAAGGCAAUUGUUAAAACUCACAUACAGACGGUUUUUAUUAUCUCUGUCUGUAAUAAUCAACUACUUGACUGGAUAGAGAAUGAAUUGAUCUGGGUGCUCAGCCUCAUUCCUGGAUUUGAUUCUUUCUUGCCUACGCUCACAGCAAAACUUCAUGCUGUGAAAGAGAAGUAUUUGGCCGCCCCACGUCCUGUGCCUUCAAAUAGUAAGGAGAAGUGGGAUUUUUCAUUUGCUUCUAUCUGGAACACUGUUGUGUGGCUUAUGCUCAUGAACUUCUUUGUCAAGAUUGUUAACGCGACUGCUCAAAGGUAUCUGAAAAAGGAGCAGGAUAAGCAGCUAGCAGAGACGUUAUCUGCUUCAACACAUUCCGAUUAGGAGUUUGACCCUGUUGCCUUGAUGAAGCGGCUACACUGUCUCACAUCGUCUUUUCUUUUUUUCUUUAUUUACAAGUAGCGUUAGUGAACUAAAAGUUAAUGCUCUCUCGUAAAUUACUAUUGAAGCUACUCAAAAAGAACCCAUUGCACUAGCUAGUCCCCUGUUAGAAGCUUGUAUAGAAAAAAUAGGAACACAGACAACAGAAGCAACAGGUUUAAUUAUCCUGUGUAAUCCUGGGGGUGAUCAUUGGUUUGGGCAGUUUUUCUCCCAUUGUUAAGUACUGUUUUGACACUGAAAAUUUGGAAUCUCAUCAUUCUUUGGCAAUGUGAAGACAAAUUAUCUGGCCCUUCAACAU